AUGACGCUGGAAGACUUCGAAAAAUCGUUGGCCCAGGACCAGGAGCCGCGGAAAGAGAAGAGUGAUAGAAGUGAUAGAAGUCGACAUCACCGAGAUCGCGAUCGCGACCGCAGUAAAGAGCGAUCGUCGCGACACCAUCACCGCUCCAGUCACCAUCACAGACGCCAUUCGUCCCGAUCCCGCGAACGGCAUAGCGAAAGAGAUCGUGAUUCUCAUCGAAGAGACGAUGAUGGCCAUAGACACAAGCGCUCGCGCCAUUCCACCGAACACGGGGACGAUGCCGACCAUACCCAGAAGCGUCGACACCGCUCUAGUCGCGAUGAAGAAGAGUCUUCUGCCCCAAAAACUAUCGUCCAGGAAGAACCUAGUCAAUUGAAGCGUGACUCAUGGAUGGAAGCACCCUCUGCCCUUGAUGUCGACUAUGUUCAUCGAAAAGACAACCGAGUGGACGAACCAUCCAAGGCUACAAUGCUUCAAGCUGAUUUUGAGCUUAAGAUCCACAAUAAGGAGCUCAAUAGCCACCUUCGCGACCUCAAGGAAGGGAAAGCGCUUGAAGAAUUUCAAGAAGAACCAUCACAACAGGAGGUAGACUAUACAUUUGGUGAUGCUGGGUCUCAGUGGAGAAUGACAAAGCUCCGAGGCGUGUAUCGAGAGGCAGAGGACACCGGCAAGGAUGUGGAUGAUGUUGCCCUUGAACGCUUUGGUGACCUUCGCUCAUUUGACGAAGCGCGUGAAGAGGAAACCGAGGUUGACCGCCGUAAGAUGUAUGGUGCAUCCUACGUGGGUAAAGACAAACCAAGUGGAGAGCUGUUCCAAGAAAGGAAGCUGAAGAAUGAGGCACGCAGAGGACCACAAGAACACAUAUGUGAUCCAGCAGAGGAACUGAAAGCUGAGGGACAAGGUCAGAAAAUGGAGGUCGAGCCUCCAGCAAAUACCACUCAGCAUCUGGACAUCACAGCUUUGAAUCGCCUCAAGGCGCAGAUGAUGAAAGCUAAACUUAAGAAAGCGCCCGAUGCUGCUGAGCUCGAAGAGCAAUAUAACGCUGCGGCUGCCAGCCUGGCCAAUCGAAAGGAAUCAGAUGUUGUGGUAUUGGGUGUUCAACAGAACCGUAUGCUGGCUGGUUCACGGAACGAAGUCAAGCCCAUUGACAAUAAACGUGGCCGUGAAAGGGGUCUGGUGCAGGAUAAUGAAGAUAUGAGCAUCGAAGAUAUGCUUAUAGAGGAACGCAAAACUCGAGGUCAAAUGGGUGGGGAGGGUAAAAAAUUGGCAGAACGUAUUGCGCGUGACGGCAAGUUCGAGAACCAACUUGAAUAUAUGGACGACAAUGCCUCCAAGCUGGCAAAAAGAGUACACCGUUCUGAGAUUGACAUCAAGAAUUCAACAGUCAACGACUUCCGUAAGAUGAACAAGAUCUUGGACAACUGCCCGCUUUGCCACCACGAAGACACGAACACACCUCCUAUCGCACCCGUUGUUUCCCUUGCCACUCGAGUAUUCCUUACUCUUCCCACCGAGCCUGAGAUCAGCGAGGGCAGCGCAACUAUUGCGCCCAUUCAGCAUCGAACAAACCUCAUUGAAUGUGACGAUGACGAGUGGGAAGAGAUUCGUAACUUUAUGAAGAGUCUCACAAGAAUGUAUCAUGACCAAGGCCGAGAUGUGAUUUUCUACGAGAAUGCAGCUCAACCACAGCGCAAGCGUCACGCUUCUAUGGAGGUCAUUCCUCUACCAUAUAGCCUGGGCGAAACGUCACCUGCGUUCUUCAAGGAAGCUAUCCUUAGCGCUGAAUCUGAGUGGUCGCAGCAUCGCAAGCUCAUUGAUACCCUCGCAAAAGCAAAACAGGGCAUGGGGAGAUCUGCAUUCCGGCGAACACUCGUCAAAGAAAUGCCAUACUUCCAUGUCUGGUUUGAGCUGGAUGGUGGUCUUGGUCAUAUCGUCGAGGACGAGAACCGUUGGCCCCGUGGUGAUUUGUUUGCCCGUGAAGUCAUUGGCGGCAUGCUUGAUGCUGCACCCGACGUCAUCAAACGACAAGGCCGAUGGCAAAGGGGAACUGAUCGACGAGUGGAGCCAUUCAGAAAGCGCUGGAGGAAGUUUGAUUGGACUCGUAUCUUGGUUGAAGGGUAG